GCGCUCCGCCCCCGGGCGGCUCCAUUUUGGCCGCAGGUGGAGACUAGGCCUGGGCGGGCGGAGUCUCGGAGGGGCGUCCUCGGCAGUCGCGGGGCCGAGUGGGCUCACGGCACCGUCUCCUUUCCUUCGCCCGCAGAAACCGGGGGCGAGCAUGGCGGGCUUGGAGGUCCUGUUCGCGUCGGUGGCGCCGGCCAUCACCUCCGCGCAGGACGCGCUCGUCUGCUUUCUGCACUGGGAGGUGGUGACGCACGGCUACUACAGCGUGGGGACCGGCGACCAGCCAGGUUCCAAUGAUAAGAAAUCAGAACUGCUGCCGGCUGAAUGGAACAGCAAUAAAGACCUGUAUGUCCUCCGGUAUGAGUCUAAGGAUGGGUCCAGAAAGCUCCUUGUGAAGGCUGUCACUGUAGAGAACAGCAUGAUCAUCAAUGUGCUGGAAUUUGGGUCACAGCAGGUAUCAGAUUUGACCCUGAACUUGGAUGAUUAUAUCGAUUCAGAACACCUGGGUGACUUCCACAGGACCUAUAAGAACAGUGAGGAACUUCGGUCUCGCAUCGCGUCUGGGAUCAUUACACCUAUCCAUGAGCCCUGGGACAAGGCUAGUGUCAGCAGUCUCCACCGGGAGUUUCCGCCUGCCACUGCCAGAGAGGUAGACCCCCUCCGGAUUCACCCACAGCAACCACGCACAAGCCAGCAGCCUCCCUGGUGUGAUCCCCUGGGCCCAUUUGCUGUCGGGGGAGAGGACCUGGACCCCUUUGGGUGUCGAAGAGGUGGCAUGAUCGUGGAUCCCCUGAGAUCUGGCUUCCCAAGAGCACUCAUUGACCCAUCCUCGGGCCUCCCAAACCGUCUUCCUCCAGGCGCUGUGCCCCCAGGAGCACGCUUUGACCCCUUUGGACCCAUUGGGACCAGCCCAUCUGGACCUAACCCAGACCAUCUCCCCCCGCCGGGCUACGAUGACAUGUACCUGUGAAGGCCUCAAGAAUGUAACAUCCCAGCCUCCCCUCCACUCUCCUGGAGCUGCCAUUGCUGGCCCCAUCAGCAACCGUGUUCUUGCGGGCUGGGGGCAAGGGACUCUGCCCAUGUGUUUGCGGGCCGGCUGGAAUUGCCUCCCCCCUGCCUGUCAGAGCCAAAGCACUUGCUGCAGCUUUCCACCUGGCUGCAUAUAGGUCCCAUAGAGAAAUCAGUGUUUCUCUCCCCACCAGCUGCCCCAUACUUCUCAAAGGAGACUCCGGCAACAUAUACACUUGGUCCGAUGCAGUCCCAGCUGCAGCACUAUAAGAACAGAACGCAUUUUGGAUGUUAUUAUAAGAACCAAAUGUCAAUACAAAAAUCAUGUUGCCAGUC